AUGCUGACCAGAUGCCGUCAAUAUGGCUUCACCCUCAACAAGGAGAAAUUUACUGUAGCCGCCCAUAAAGUUAACUUUUGCGGUUAUGUCUUAUCAUCCGAUGGUAUUGCAGCAGACCCCGACAAGGUAUCAGCUAUACGCGACUUCCCGACACCGUCCAAUGUCACAGACGUCAGGUCGUUUAUGGGUCUCGUCAAUCAACUUGCCGACUUCACUCCAGACAUCGCAGCAGCAGCACAGCCCCUACGUCCACUUAUGAGCCCCAAACGCUCAUUCGUCUGGACGCCCGACCAUGAGCGAGCAUUUAAGAAAGUCAAGACAGCUCUGACUUCACCACCUGUCCUGGCACCCUUCAAUCCUGCCUCGCCUGUGGUUCUGCGAACAGAUGCCUCACGCCUAUACGGUCUCGGCUAUGCCCUACUUCAAGAUAACGGCCGAGGUCAGAUGCGGCUCAUCCAGUGUGGCUCUCGUUUCCUUACGGAUACAGAGACUCGCUACGCCACCAUAGAGCUGGAGUUACUUGCAGUCACUUGGGCUAUAGCUGUGCCGCCUAUACUUGUCUGGACUUCAGCAUUUCACCUUAAUGACUGA